AAACGAUACGUUCAAGUCGGCCUUCACUUUUUAAACAAACGAAAUAGCACAAAAUAAAAGGUAUUUUCUGCUUUCCAGAUGAUAUGUUGUGCUUUUGAUGACUGUUUGUAACUUAUCACAUUCAACACUACAAUGCUGCCACUCCUGAUCCUCAUAAUCCUUACGAGUGCUGCUGGUCAGAGUCAGAGUCAGACGAGCACGGAAACUAGCUCCUAUCCACCCAAGGAGUUUAUGACCUCAAUGGCAGACCGAAUGGAGCUGCUCCUGCUGGACAGGGAGCUGAUCUCAAACCUCGUGCAAUAUGCUGAAGAGUUGCAGGAAAAAGUCGACGUUCUGCAGAGAUGUGCAAAGGCGAUGCGGAUACCUCUCGAGGCUUCGAAGGGCAGGGAGGAGGAGUACCUAUCGAAUCCGCUGCACAGUUUCCAACUCAUCCGACACAUGCAUGAGGACUGGCGGCAUUUGGAGAAGUUCAUGCGACAGCCUGUGGGGCAGGAUCAGAUUAAUAUCCUCAAAAACAAGGCAACAAAAUUUCCUUCAGUAGAAGAGACUGAGGAUGCCACGGAGGCUAUUUAUCGGAUUAUUCUCACCUAUAAUGUGGAGCCAGCGGAUCUUGUCCAGGGGCUAAUCGAUGGCGUGCAGUACAACAGUAGCAUUUCAGUCAUAGAUUGCUUCUCUCUUGGAAGCCUAUUCUUCCAGUGGGGCGAGUACGGCAAGGCUGCAGAACUGUUAGCCUACUCCUUGGACCUGAUAAAUCCAGAGUAUUAUUCGGUCUACGAUGUGCUGGGAUUGGCCUCAAGUGAAGUCUUAAUGCUCCUGGCCCGCUGCCUAGUGGAGAUGGACAUGGAGAAGGACGCUCGAACGACACUGAUGGGCCACCCAGCUCUGGCGGAGCACUCGGAGCGUCUGCUCACCCUCUACAGAAACACGAGACACGUCCCUGUUUCGUGGGAACUGAUGCCCUUUCUUCCCGAGGAAUUCAAUCAGAUCUGCCGCUCCUCGCACCAAAAUAAACCCUCGCGUCUGCACUGUCGCUACAAUACCACAACCACUCCCUUCCUGCGCCUGGGCCCCCUACGGAUGGAGGAGCUCUCGCUGGAUCCUUAUAUCGUGGUCUACCACAAUGUUCUCUCCGACGCGGAAAUAGCCGAAGUGGAGAGAGUUACUGAGCCGCUUCUGAAACGCAGUGUCGUGUUUGAUGGAAAGGGAAAUAAGAUGUCCACCAGCAAGAAGCGCUCAGCCCUGGGCGCCUGGCUCCCCGACGAUAAUAUGGACGUCUCGGGCCGGUCAGUGAUACAACGUAUCUUCAGGCGCAUACACGACCUAACCGGCUUAAUAAUGAACGAUCGUCAGGACAUGCAGCUGAUAAAAUACGGCUACGGUGGCCACUACGAUAUCCACUUCGACUACUUUAAUACCUCCUCUCCGAUCACCAAGGCCAGAGGCGACCGCAUGGCCACUGUCAUCUUCUACCUGAACGAUGUGAAACACGGCGGCUCCACUGCCUUUACCGAUCUACAGCUUAAGGUCCCCUCGGAGCGGGGCAAGGUCCUCUUUUGGUACAAUAUGCGGGGGGAGACACACGAUCUGGACAGUCGAACCCUUCACGGUGCCUGCCCCGUCAUCGAUGGCACCAAAACAAUCCUUUCCUGCUGGAUACACGAGCUGGAUCAAAUGUUUAUCCAGCCCACCUAUCGGCCAGGGAAUAAACACUCAUAGAGCAUCAAGAUGUGGUAUAUUAAAUUUUUGCCAUAGCCAGAAGGAAGAGUUUUCCAGAAAGGGGUGGCGAUACUCUGUUGGGGUUUCCAUAGAUUACUUAGUUUCAUUCUUUUUUGAAACGAACAGUCCCAGCAACCUGACCGAACUUGGAAAAUUCGGAGGAUUCCCAUAGUACUUCCUGAAAAUCCAAUAUUCUCUGUAACAAUAUAUUCUUUAUGAAAAAAUUCUUCCAAAUUCCAUUAAAAGUGUAUCAUGUCUAGCAGACUAUUGAAGAUUAAAAUAAAUACAUAGGCUUUUGGUCAUUUUAAAUGGAA